AUGUUAAUUAACAAGCUUCCUUUGUUAGAAUAAACCUAGUCUCCUAAACCAUCCCAUAAAACCAAGUUGCACUUUGAGAAUACGAGUUAUCUCUAAGGAGAGAAGUUUUAUAAGCAGCCCCUUGUGCAGAAACAGAAGAGACAAUUAAGCAUAAUGAAAUCUCAAACUGAGAUAAAAAAAUAAAUUCAGAGCAUAACUGAUGAUUCAGUCUCAAAGCGAAUGCAACAAUCCAAACAACAACAAGAAUUCCAAUCAGUAGACAAAUUAUAGUUAGAAUUUGAAAGCAAAUAUUAGGAACAAAAUAGAACUAUAGAAGAUUUGAAAUUGGAAAACAUAAAAUUAAAAAUGCAGUUAGAAGAAUAAGAAUAAUAAAUUAUUUAUCUAAAAAUAAUAAAUAGUGAUUUGCGAUAGUAGAUAGAAAUCUCGUCUACAGACAUCUAAAUCAAAAGGAUAGAAUAAGAGUAUAAGGACACCUACAGAAGAAUGGAUGAGACCUUGAGGAAGGCCAUUGACGAGAAUUACGAGAGUUAAAUUAAGAUGAAGAAUUUAUAAAUCAAAUCCUAGCAAUUGGAGUAAUUUACUUUUAUGUUUAAGUAAUAGUUAACAUGCAAGUUCUGCAGAAAGGAAUUGCACAAUACAAUUACUGUGAUCCCUUGUGCUCAUAACUAUUGUCAAAGGUGUGUUUCUGGUUAUGUUGGUAGAUGUUUUGCAUGCAAUGAUGAUGUAUGA